ACGACAGGUGACAUACGGGGCGCGAUCGCUCUUGCCCCGCUCUCGCGCAACACGAAGGUCUUGCCUUGGCGACGUGAAUUUCCGCUCAGUGGUCCAGUCGGCACUGAUGACUGAUAGCAGCAAAAAUAUGGCUUCACCACUGGCCACGGUCGAAUCACCAUACAAAGAAGAAACUGGGAUCGAGAAAUUCAAGCGAAAGGCCAGAGAGUCCCCAUUCAUGGUCAUUGGUCUUACCGGUUGUGUCUUCGUCUGCACGUACGGUGCCUUCUUGUUCCGAAGGCGCAAGAAGCUCGACCCUUCCCUCUUCUUGAUGCAACUCCGUGUCAGUGCGCAGGGAACUGUGAUUGGAUGCCUGAUGCUCGGCGUUACCUACAAUCUCUUCCAGAGAUUUCGUAAUCGAGGCAGCAGCGACGGGGAUGACAAGGGCUCCUGAUGUUUCUCUGUUACUUAGCCAUUAGCUGUCGUUAUUUAAAUUAAUAGUACCGGCUAUGAAAAUUGUACGUUGUUAUGUUCUUUGUAUUUGUGAUCGUGAUGAUCAAUGAGAGGUUCUUUUCCUGCAUUUCUUAUGCUGCUGAUAUCUGGAAGUGUUAUCGAUAUCCUCGUCAAGACAUUGCCUUUGGCCCUUUAUUGCCAGUGUUGCAUUUACAUAAAGACAAGAAUGAA